AUAUCUAUAUCGUGCGAAGCAUUUUCAUGUUAAAUAAGGAAUACACAAGAAUAAAUAUUUAUUUACAGAAUGUGUACACAGCGCAAACCUGCUAUAAUCUUUCGUAAACAACUCAUUGGUUUAUCUGUUACUUUACAAUAAAAUGACUAAUCUCAUUUAUAUACAAAUACAAUGCUCCAAUUAUAUAUUUUUACUUUAAAGGAAAUAUAUCUCAAUAUGUAAUAUUUAUAUAUACAUUUAUAUAUUUAUAAAUAUAAUAAUAUAUCGAUUUUUAUCUUAUCAUAUAUAAUAAAUUAAUUUUAUUUUAUAUUUUUUUUCUUUAUAUUUUUUAAAAUUUUAUAUUUUUAAAAAAUAAUAGUUAAAUAUUUAGUAAUAUAAUAUUUAGUUACUGAAAGAAAUUAUAUCAGUAUAAUAUAUUAUAAAUAUUUCCUCAUUAUCAUAAAUCAUUUCUUAGUAAUAUUAUAUCAUAAAAACUGUCAUUUUCUAUAGAUCUUUAUUUAUACAUUUCUAUUAAAAUGUAUUAUUACCAUGUAUUAUUAUAAUAUUAAUUAUUGUAAGAAUUGUAUAUCAUUUUAAUUUCUUUUUCUAUUUACUAAUACUAUAUAAAUUAAAUAAAUUUUGAUAAAAAUGAAGAAAAAAAUAAAGAAUUGAAAGAAUUAAGAAAAAACGAAAGAAAUGAAAAAAAUAUUCUUCAUAAUUUUAAAACAUGUGUAAAAAAAAAUAGAAUAUCAAAAUUCAUAGAAUAUUUAAGAAACUUUUAUUCUAGGACUUCAACAUGAAAAGAUUUAUAGUACGAGAUUUAUAUUUACACGAAUGAUAUCUAAAAAUAGGUCGUUACUCGGCGACUGGUACGCGACAGCAGCAUGGGGCAUCAUUCUUGAUAAGUUGUGAUAAAAGUUAAUAAAAGCGAUUUAAAUAGACACUCUUGAGGAUCCACCAAGAUAGUUGAAUUUCGAGUCUACCCGUAUAAGUGUUCACUUUUAAAUUUAAUUUAUUAACGUCUAUACAUUGAAAGAUUCUAUUAACAUUACUUUAUACGGAUAAAUGUCGCAAUUCUUUGACAUUUUUGAUUUAUUAAUAUUUGAAUAUCAUAUUAAUCUUAUUAUGAUAAUACUAUGUUUGCAAAUCGAUUAUACGUGUUCGUAAAUUUAGUACCUGUAGUAGUGAUUCUAGUGCCAGUAGCAGAAGUAGUACGAUCGGAUGUGUUUCAGUAUGGCCAAAAGGGACAGACAGUGACAGAAAUGCACCAAUAUUGUGGUCGAACUUUGUCAAGUACAUUACAAAUAAUGUGCGGUAGUGUUUAUAAUUCUCGAUUUAAAAAAAGUAACCAAGAAAUGGAGAUGGAUGAUUAUAUGGCAUUUUAUGGUUACGAUCUAUAUCCUUAUAAAUCUAUUAAAAAUGCGAAAAAAAUGAUACGAUUUCGAAGAAACUCUAAAGGAAUUCAUGAAGAAUGUUGUCUAAAAUCUUGCACAACAGAGGAGUUGCGCUCCUAUUGCGGUGCCCGUUAAUGAGAGAAUUUUUUUAAAAUUUUAAACAUAAAUUUAAGAAAAUAUUAUUUUUUCCUAUUUACUGAUUAUAUAAUUUUUAACAAUUUAUGAUAUAUUUUCAAUAAUUUUAUUUUUCAUUCAAUGUAACAAUUCAGUAAAAUCAAAAUUACGAAUAUUUUGUAAAUGUUCUAUUUUGUUUCUUUUAAAAUUAUUAUUGUAAAUUGAUAAUUUAUUUAAUUCCAUAUUAUAAAAAAAUUAAAUCUAUUUUUAAUUGUUAAAUCUUAUUUUACAAUAUGAAAUAUGUAUAAAUUUAUAUCAAAUUACUUUGUUAUAAGAAAUCGGAAAAUAUGUGAAAAUGAAUUUAAUAUAUAUAAUUUAAAUAUAUAUUAUAUAUGUAUAUAUUAUCUAUAUGCAUAUAUUAUGCAUAUUAUUAAUUAUAAGAGAUUUUAAUUAGUGUGAUAAUAUUUUUUAUUAAGAAGCACAUGAUGAAAGUUUCAUAAUUCAUAAUAAUUGUCAGCUUCAACUGCAUGGUUUAACUGACGAGACAGUUAAAAUUUAUUGUAAAGUAUGAUCUCAUUUGUACUUAACCAUAUAUUAUGUAAGACAAAUUCAAUAUUAUUCAUUGAAGGUAUUUACACACGCACAUAUAUAUAUAUAAUUUAGCAAUUUAUAUCUUUUUUAAAGAUGUACAUUUAAAAAAUAUCUAUCAAUAGGUUAGUUUUUGUGAAAAUUUAAUUUUAUACUAUAUAUAUGCAUAAAUAAUUUACUGUACUUAUCAAAAAAUAAAAAAUAUAAAAAACGAA